UCGCCCCUCCUACUGCCGUACAUUGCCUUCCCAAGGUGUCGUAAAACGCUCCUCCCCGCCCUCCAUGUGGCGAAAACGCAAUCACGCUUGACGGCGCGAGGUGGCUCAGCCGCAAGAUGGCGGCGCUGGCGGAGGAGCAGACGGAGGUGGCGGUCAAGUUAGAGCCGGAGGGACCGCCGACGCUGCUACCUCCGCAGGCGGGGGACGGCGCUGGCGAGGGUGGCGGCGGCACUACCAACAACGGCCCCAACGGCGGCGGCGGGAACGUUGCGACGGCGUCGUCGUCGGCCGGCGGGGAUGGUGGGACCCCCAAACCCUCGGCGGCUGUCUCCGCCGUUGCUCCGGCGGGGGCGGCCCCGGUGCCCGCCGCUGCUCCGGAGGCCGGCGUUCCCCACGACCGACAGACUCUGCUGGCCGUGCUGCAGUUCCUGCGGCAGAGCAACCUCCGCGAGGCCGAAGAGGCGCUGCGCCGUGAGGCCCGGCUGCUGGAGGAGGCAGUGGCGGGCACCGGAGCUCCGGGAGAGGCGGACGGCGCCGGUACAGAGGCGGCUAGCGCGCUUCUCAGCCGGGUCACAGCCUCGGCCCCCGGCCCCGCGGCCCCUGACCCUCCGGGCACCGGCGCUUCGGGGGCCGCCGCCGUCUCGGGCUUAGCGACAGGUCCUGCGGCUCCGGGGAAAGUUGGAAGUGUAGCUGUAGAAGACCAGCCGGAUGUCAGUGCUGUGCUGUCAGCCUACAACCAACAAGGGGACCCCACAAUGUAUGAAGAAUACUAUAGUGGACUGAAACACUUCAUUGAAUGUUCCUUGGACUGCCAUCGGGCAGAGUUAUCCCAACUCUUUUAUCCUCUGUUUGUACACAUGUAUUUGGAACUAGUCUACAAUCAACAUGAGAAUGAAGCAAAAUCAUUUUUUGAGAAGUUCCAUGGAGAUCAGGAAUGUUAUUACCAGGAUGACCUACGAGUAUUAUCUAGUCUUACCAAAAAGGAACACAUGAAAGGGAAUGAGACCAUGUUGGAUUUUCGAACAAGUAAAUUUGUUCUGCGUAUUUCCCGUGACUCGUACCAACUCUUGAAGAGGCAUCUUCAGGAGAAACAGAACAAUCAGAUAUGGAACAUAGUUCAGGAGCACCUCUACAUUGACAUCUUUGAUGGGAUGCCGCGUAGUAAGCAACAGAUAGAUGCGAUGGUGGGAAGUUUGGCAGGAGAGGCUAAACGAGAGGCAAACAAAUCAAAGGUAUUUUUUGGUUUAUUAAAAGAGCCAGAAAUUGAGGUGCCUUUGGAUGAUGAAGAUGAAGAAGGAGAAAAUGAAGAAGGAAAACCUAAAAAGAAGAAGCCUAAAAAAGAUAGCAUUGGAUCCAAAAGCAAAAAACAAGAUCCCAACGCUCCACCUCAAAACAGAAUCCCUCUUCCAGAGUUGAAAGAUUCAGAUAAGUUGGAUAAGAUAAUGAAUAUGAAAGAAACCACCAAACGAGUACGCCUUGGGCCAGACUGUUUACCCUCCAUUUGUUUCUAUACAUUCCUCAAUGCUUACCAGGGCCUCACUGCAGUGGAUGUCACUGAUGAUUCUAGUUUGAUUGCUGGAGGUUUUGCAGAUUCAACUGUUAGAGUGUGGUCUGUGACACCCAAAAAGCUUCGUAGUGUUAAACAAGCAGCAGAUCUUAGCCUCAUAGACAAAGAAUCAGAUGAUGUCUUAGAAAGAAUAAUGGAUGAGAAAACAGCAAGUGAGUUGAAGAUUUUGUAUGGUCACAGUGGGCCUGUCUAUGGAGCCAGCUUCAGUCCGGAUAGGAACUACUUGCUUUCCUCUUCAGAGGAUGGAACUGUUAGAUUGUGGAGUCUUCAAACAUUUACUUGCUUGGUCGGAUAUAAAGGACACAACUACCCAGUAUGGGACACCCAGUUUUCUCCAUAUGGAUAUUAUUUUGUGUCAGGGGGCCACGAUCGAGUAGCUCGGCUCUGGGCUACAGACCACUAUCAGCCUUUAAGGAUAUUUGCUGGCCAUCUCGCUGAUGUGAAUUGUACCAGAUUCCAUCCAAAUUCUAAUUAUGUUGCUACGGGCUCUGCAGACAGAACUGUGCGGCUCUGGGAUGUCCUGAAUGGGAACUGUGUAAGAAUAUUCACUGGACACAAGGGACCAAUUCAUUCCUUGACAUUUUCUCCCAAUGGGAGAUUCCUGGCUACAGGAGCAACGGAUGGCAGAGUACUCCUUUGGGAUAUUGGACAUGGUUUGAUGGUUGGAGAAUUAAAAGGCCACACUGAUACAGUCUGUUCACUUAGGUUUAGUAGAGAUGGUGAAAUUUUGGCAUCAGGUUCAAUGGAUAAUACAGUCCGGUUGUGGGAUGCUGUCAAAGCAUUUGAAGAUUUAGAGACUGAUGAUUUUACUACAGCCACUGGGCAUAUAAAUUUACCUGAGAAUUCACAGGAGUUAUUGUUGGGAACAUAUAUGACCAAAUCAACGCCAGUUGUACACCUCCAUUUUACGCGAAGAAACUUGGUUCUAGCUGCAGGAGCUUAUAGUCCGCAAUAAACCGGUAUUAAAGACCUUUUGGAAGCUACUGUUUGAAAAAGGGAGACUAAAAGCAAAUACCUCAGUGAUUAAUAUUUAAGCUACAAAGAAUGUUUUGUCUAUAUGGAUCUGGAAGGAUGCUGCUUGGAAAAUCUGAACAGGACAGUUCCACGUUUCUAUAGCAACCACAUUUAACUAAUUUCCGUUAGUUGAAUAAGAGGUAUUAUGUUCGUGGAGGGACAUUUAUGGUGCUCUGGAUUGUGUGGAAACUAUGCAUUUUCUGUUCAAAUGCUAUUUUAAUUUAUUAUGUUUAGAAAAAAAAUCAAUUGACUCAAUCCAUCCUGCUUCAAGAUUCAAAUCGAGUAAUAUAAUACCAUCUUGAAUUUUAGCUGAAGAAUUCUAUGAGCAUGUGUUUCUGCUGUAAAAAUGUGGUUACUGUAUAGCACUCAAGUACUAUGUUAAAUGAUCCACUAACAUUUUUGCUUGGCCCAUGACUAGUGGAAUGUUACUGGGUAGGGUUAACUACAAUUUCUUUCUAAGAACUAGAUGAAGUACAACCAUCCACUGACAUCUGAAUUUAUACCUGUUGGAUUCUGAGUGCACCCAACACUCUAUAAGCCAGGUGAAGAAAAUUUAGCUUCCAUGUUCUACUUCAGCUAAAAUAGCUACAUACAACCUAGUACACUUGAAG